AUGGAGGCUCAGGUUGUGGCCAUCGAAGUGAAACCCAUCCUGGGGAUCGGCACGGUGACCUACGCCACCGGCCUCGCUUUCGGUGCGGACACUGCGGCGCCGUGGAUUUUGAGCACCUGCCCCGUGCCGCCCAACCACGCCGUGGCGGUGGCCUUACAGGGCCGGGUGCUGGAGGCUCAGGUGGUGGCCAACGUCACGGUGGAACGAUCCACUGAGGCUUUCAGCAGCUUAGCUUCACGCGGUUGGUGUUGUGGCAGCGGAGGGUCCUUUCUGGAGCCUUCCAUGAGCUGUAGGUUGCAGCUGCUGCUCCUUCGGCCCAAGCUUCGUCUGGAGGGCUUGGAGACGCGCCAGGCCCAAGGCCAUUCCGGGACCCUGCGCGUCUCCUUCCGCGACUGCUGUGCUUCAUGGAUCGGUCAACGGGUGGCGCUGCAUGCUGCGCCCUUCGGUGCCCGGGUGGAUGCACCGGGGGCGACCACCUGGGCACGCUUCGCGCGCGUGGUGAUGCAAGGCGUCGUUUCCAACCUCUCCUGCCCUCCGGGGCUUCUCAUGAGCGACGUCCAUGCGGCUGAGAGCUGUGCCGGAGCUGCCGUGGUGCUGCAGAGCAGCAACGAGGUUGUAGGAUCCCUGAAGGAUCCUGAAGGCAAGCUGCAGAAUCAUUGCGUCGAGCUUUCAGGAGAAUCCGUGGCGCUGAGUCUGGCCAUUCCCAUGUCGAUGAUCUUGGAUACCUUGCUGGACAACGAUGCCUGUCGAGAAGAGCUGAAGGAAGAACUAGCUGCGCUGCCCGUGCCCUGCGCGUUUGAAGCCUCCCCACCUUGUGAGGUGAGACAAGGGGUGGCCCUGCUGUGGCUGGACAGCGGCAGUUGGGCCAGUGCCAUUGUCCUCAGCGAGCAGGGGCACCUUUUGACUUGUGCCCAUUUGCUGACUUCUGUGUCGUGGAUGGAGGGGCAGCAAGUGUCUGGCCGCUCCACAGCACGGCAGUGCAGGGGCAGAUGCUACCUGUCACAGGAGGGAAAAAUUGUGUCAACGACCUUUGAAGCUGAUGUGCUGCAAAUCUUCGAGGGAUGUUUGGACGCAGCUUUGCUCCUGGCGCGACCCAUGAGGCAUGGUGUGCCCCCUUUGUUCAACCCCUCGCUCUGGCAGCGGCGUGCUACGGCCGAGGAGCUGGUCCAAGGCAUUGAGGUCUCCGCAGUGGGCUAUGGCCUCUUUGGUCCUGGUUGUCCUUGGCAGGGCCCUGCCGUGACCACUGGCCAGCUUUGCAAGAUCGCCUACAGCUGCCGUCUGGACGGCGGCCGCCGCGCGGCGGUGCUUCAGAGCAGUGCGGCGGUGCAUCGCGGGUGCAGCGGUGGGGCGUUGGUGGCGCAGGGAAGGUUGCUUGGCAUGGUCACCACCAAUGUGAAGCAACAGGAUGGAUCUGUGAUGCCACACGUGAACUUCAUUUUGCCGGUGACACUGUUGACUCCGAUCUGUACAUAUCUAGAGAACCUGAAGGUUCUCCCUGCAGAGCAGGCGUUAAAGAGAUUGACGGAGGAGCUGCGCUUCUCUGCGGCCAACGAGGAGGAGCAAGGCCUCUGGCGCCUGGAGACUGAAACCUUGGAACUCCCGAGCCGUGCCUCGGGCUUCGACAGAUGGAGAUCACAUGAAAACUACCAUGGCUUGGGAAAAGCCAUACAAUUUCAGAGAUUUUUUUUUUUGAGGACUUCUCCUUUUUCUUGUUUUUGUUUUGGUCUCUCCGUUUGUUAA